AUGGAAGCCAAUGUCUAUGUCGAGGCAUUGCGACACGAUUCCGUCGACGCGAAUGUCCGUGUCAAGGCAUUGCGACAGAAGGCCAAUACUCUCAUUCUGAGCCUGCUCGAUCACACGAACGGUAGAACGACCGAGGAGACGGCCAGUGCGAUUACCGAAUUGGCUUUUCAAGACGACAAUGCUGUCAAAGAGCUCUUUGCCGCCACGACUGCUCCGAAAGACAGGGCCAGGCCAUCCUCGCCGAAGCCGUCUCUGAAGUCUCGGAGCUCUAGAAGUAUCCUUCGUCUUGGGCGAUGUCCGAAACGCGGCAGCUCUGAAGGGAAGGCUGCUGUGGCGACUUCAAGCUCGGAGACCCUGCAAGAGAAGAACGAUGCUGGCACAGUCAACGAGGGCAGGCGUACCACCCCGACAACUUCAUUGAGAUCGCUGUCUGUUCCUCGGCGAGCCAAGGCAUCUGCCUCCAACCAACAGUACCAAUGCAUCUUCUGCGACGAAGUCCUCUCGUCCAAAGGCGUCUGCAAACGCCACCUCGAGGACCAGCACGUAUCGCCCAAGCAGUACAAGUGCGAGAAGUGCACCAAGAUCUACAGUGUCAAGGCCAAAGCAAAGGAACACGCCAACGCUUGUGGCCUGGGAGUCUUCUAUUUCGUGACUGUCAAGCCGGAGGAGAAGCAGACGUAUGCUUGCGAGUUUACUGGCCGGCUCUUCCAGUCCAUGCAGCUCUACCUCAACUCUUUGCUAAGCCUCAGCGAGAGGCAUGGGUACCGACCAUCUGGUGACUUGCACCGCAAGCUUUAUGCACUGCUAGAGCAGCCUAAAGUCAGACCAUAUCUCGAGGAGGCGAGCGCAAAGAUGCUUUCAUCAGCAAAUGCAUGGCAAACGAUAUCCUGGAAUAUGGUUCAGCUCACAAAGGCCAUUGAAAGACUGGAGUACGCGGUUGUACACGACAACGGCACGAUGGAUUACAGCAGAUAUAGCAGAGGUCGGCGGACAAUCGACCUCCGGGCCUAUCUGUGUGGGUUGUUGUGCGAUCGCGUGGAAUCGACAGACACAAUGCGAAACAUCACAACUGAAGACGACACAGCCGUAAAGGCGCAGUCUCGCUCCUCCUCGACGUCACAGGGCAGUGGUGGCACUAUGACGCCGAGAGCUGUCCCAAUUUCGGCUCUCCACGAUGAGGCAUACAUUAAUGCCGCUUCAAGCGCGGCGCAGAGCAUGGCGCAGAACCUCCCCCUGCCUGUCACGGCAGCCAACCCAGAUGUGGCAGCUCUUCAAAUGUCUGGAGACGUCAAAGGCAAAAGACACCUUAGCGACCACAGCCGCUUCUAUGUCCCAGACCGGUACCCUCCUGGACCACCAGUACCGACCAUGCCGCUGAUGUAUGCUGCUCACCAGUAUAAUGCCGGGCACAUAACACCCACAAACAUGACCAGUGCCACUCUGCCAUUUCGACCCCAGGACAGCCAUCUCAUGCAACAACCACACGCACAGAGUUUUGAGCCACGGCACAUCUACACCCCAUCACUGGAAACCUCAUUGACAUCGGAUACAGCCACAGACUCUACGCUCAUGACCCACUAUCAGGAGCCGGAGCUCGUGGCUCCAAUGUCCUUUGACUACGGGGCAGGGUGGGGAGGGCUUAACCGCAACGCUCUCCCUUACUCUCUACCUAUGCACAACCAACCGACGUAUCAGACUGCACCAGCCGAUUACUACUAUCAUCCUUCUGCCGGAUCGACGCGCGCCGCUUCGGUUGCAACCGAUCAAACAUACGUUGGCGAAUACAACGGACUGGAGCUAAAGGACGUCCAAUACGACCCUAGUGCGAUGGCUCAUCCCGCUCAAUUUGGAACGUCGUUCUUGCUUGACGACGAUGAGUUUAAUGACCCGAAUGUGCUGGGAUGA